AUGUAUUCCUAUUUGCCAAUGAUUACCGAUUGGAUAAAUGCAAGCUCAAAAUGGGAUUCUAACAUGUAUGAAGCUAAUUUACUUGUAUUCCAUAAAAGCGAAUAUACAAGAAAAUUUCUUAAAUGGUUAGUAAAUAAAAAUGAAAAAUUAAAUUUGAAUAAAAGGGCUCUUCUCUGUGCAGCUACUCAAGAAUGUAUUGAGCCAGCUUCUUCAGCGCUUUAUUGUAAUGAUCACAUGUUAGGGUUAAUUGGAGUUUGUCAUAGACAAGACCAAAGUGUUUUUAAUAUUUUAAAUGUUAAUAGUGAAUAUCAGAGGUGGAGUGAAAAUAAUAAAGGUAACCGUAAAAAAAUAAAAUUGAAGUGA